AUGGUUUUAAUGAUGGAAAGGAAGACCUCUGUGGUCACACCACGUUUUCUAGCUGUUCCACAAGGAAUUUCUGAAUUAUCCACAUCCAUCGAUAAUCUUAGAGCAAGCCUGGUUAAAGAGAAUACAGACGACUACUCUCCGUUACAAAUGGCUGUAAAGAAUGCUCACCUUGAAGAAGUUCAACGCCUAGUCAGUCAAGGGGCGAACGUGAAUCAGGGUACCGCUGAAGGCUGGACACCGUUAAUGAUUGCAGCAAAGACCGGCAGAGUGGAGCUGUUGAAUUUUCUCAUCGAUCAAGGGGCUGAGAUUACAGAGUCUGUUGAGAGCUUUACUGCUUUACACUCUGCUGCUCUCUUUGGUCAUCUUGAUGCUAUAGAAUUUUUGAUCUCUCAAGGUGCUGAUGUGAAAGAAGGAAAUGAAAAUGGUUGGACUGCAUUUCACAUUGCUGCCCUGAAUGGUUAUCUUGAUGUCAUUAAAUAUCUGAUCAGUCAAGGGGCGGAUAUAAACGAAGGAAAUAAUGAUGGUGGGACAGCAUUACACAAUGCUGCUUUCAAUGGUCAUCUUCAUAUAACCAAAUAUCUCAUCGGUCAAGGGGCUGAUGUGAAUAAUGAAUUUAACGAUGGCUGGACUGCAUUACACUUUGCUGCUCAUAAUGGCCAUCUUGAUGUAACCAAAUAUCUCAUCAGUCAAGGGGCUGAGGUGAAGAAAGAGGAUAACAAUGGUGGGACUGCAUUACACUUUGCUGCUCAGAAAGGUCAUCUUGAUGUAACCAUAUAUCUCAUCAGUCACGGGGCAGAGGUGAAGAAAGGAAAUAACGAUGGUGUAACUGCAUUACACGUUGCUGCUUAUAAUGGCCAUCUUGAUGUAACCAAAUAUCUCAUCAGUCAAGGGGCUGAGGUGAAUAAAGAGGAUAACAAUGGUGGGACUGCAUUACACUUUGCUGCUAAUAAUGGUCAUCUUGAAGUAACCAAAUAUCUCAUCAGUCAAGGGGCUGAGGUGAAUAAAGAGGACAAGAAUGGUUGGACUGCAUUACCCUUAGCUGCUCAUAAUGGUCAUCUGGAUGUAACCAAAUAUCUCAUCAGUCAAGGGGCUGCGGUGAAUAAAGAGGAUAAGAAUGGUGGGACUGCAUUACACAUUGCUGCUGGUAAUGGGCAUCUUGAAGUAACCAAAUAUCUUAUCAGUCGAGGGGCUGAGGUGAAUAAAGAGGGAAGCGAAGGUUUUACCGCAUUACACUUUGCUGCUUGUAAUGAUCAUCUUGAAGUAACGAAAUAUCUCAUCAGUCAAGAGGCUGAAAUGAAGAAAGAGGACAACAUAGGCUGGACUGCAUUACACUUAGCUGCUGGUAAUGGUCAUCUGGAUGUAACCAAAUAUCUCAUCAGUCAAAGGGCUGAGGUGGAGAAAGAGGACAAGAUUGCUUUGACUGCAUUAACCCUUGCUGCUAUGAAUGGUCAUCUUGAUGUUACCAAAUACCUUAUCAGUCAAGGGGCUGAGGUGAAUAAAGAGGAUAACAAAGGUUGGACUGCAUUACACGUUGCUGCUCAUAAUGGGCAUCUUGAUGUUACGAAAUAUCUCCUCCGUCAAGGGGCUGAGGUGAAGAAAGAGGACAAGAUUGGUUUGACUGCAUUAACCUUUGCUGCUAUGAAUGGUCAUCUUGAUGUUACCAAAUAUCUCAUCAGUCAAGGUGCUGAGGUGAAUAAAGAGGAUAACAAUGGUGGGACUGCAUUACACUUUGCUGCUAAUAAAGGGCAUCUUGAUGUAACCAAAUAUCUCAUCAGUCAAGGGGCUGAGGUGAAGAAAGGAAAUAACGAUGGUGUAACUGCAUUACACGUUGCUGCUUAUAAUGGCCAUCUUGAUGUAACCAAAUAUCUCAUCAGUCAAGGGGCUGAGGUAAAUAAAGAGGGCAACAAUGGUAGGACUGCAUUACACUUUGCUGCUGAAAAGGGUCAUCUUGAUGUUACAAAAUAUCUCAUCAAUCAAGGGGCUGAGGUGAAUAAAGAGGAUAACAAUGGUGGGACUGCAUUACACUUUGCUGCUAGUAAUGGUCAUCUUGAAGUAACCAAAUAUCUCAUCAAUCAAGGGGCUGAGGUGAAGAAAGAAAAUAACAAUGGUUGUACUGCAUUACACUUUGCUGCUCGGAAUGGUCAUCUUGAUGUUACCAAAUAUCUCAUUAGUCAAGAGGCUGAUAUGAAGAAAGGAAAUAACAAUGGUUGGACUGCUUUACACAUUGCGGCUUCCGAAGGCCAUCUUGAUAUCACCAAAUAUCUCGUCAGUCAAGGGGCUGAGGUGAACAUGAGAAAUGAAAAUGGUUGGAGAUCUUUAGACUUCGCUCUUUUAAGAAAUCAUUUUGACGUUGUUCAAGUUCUUAAAGCUGAAGGUGCAAGUAUUGAUGAAGGAAUUCUUCGUCAGCAGAGAUUUCUACUUGUGUUACUACCCUUGAUGAUCGUUGCGAAUUGUCUCAACCUAGCUUUCCUUACCGAGAUUUCAGACGAGAUUUACAAUGGAAACCUAUCACCUGCGAAGGCUUUGGUGUUUUAUCUACUUGACAAUGGAGCUAAGACAGACCUGGAAGAUAAGUCAGGAAAACUACCAAUCCAUUAUGCCAAAGAUGAAGUGGUUAGACAGAUGAUCUUAUCGAGAAUGAAAUCUCCUGAAGAGGCCCACAACUAUCAAGGUAAGAUGCAGGCAAUACAUCACAACCGAUAUUGGUGGCUUAGUGGUAGAGUGUUUGUCUCAUUAAUAGGAGACAGUGGGUUCGAUCCUAGAUUACAAUUUAGACCUCCUGCCUAG